CGCCUGCCGGUGCGCGGAGACUGUCGCCUGGCGCUCAGGUUUCCAACAAGGCUGCACAGACAACCCCCUUGACUGAGGCAAUGGAGGGGGGCCCUGCUGUCUGCUGCCAGGACCCUCGGGCAGAGCUGGUAGAACGGGUGGCAGCCAUCGAUGUGGCCCACUUGGAAGAGGUGGAUGGUGGUGCAGAGCCUGCCAGGAAUGGUGUGGACCCUCCGCCACGGGCUAGAGCUGCUUCUGUGAUCCCUGGCAGUGCUUCAAGACCCCCCCUAGCCCGGCCCAGCCUCUCAGCUAGGAAGUUCUCCUUGCAGGAGCGGCCAGCGGGAAGUUGCCUGGAGGCCCAGGCUGGGCCUUAUGCCACGGGGCCUGCCAGCCACAUCUCCCCACGGGCCUGGCGGAGGCCCACCAUAGAGUCCCACCACGUGGCCAUCUCGGACUCAGAGGACUGUGUGCAGUUGAACCAGUAUAAGCUGCAGAGCGAGAUUGGCAAGGGUGCCUACGGCGUGGUGAGGCUGGCCUACAAUGAAAGUGAAGACAGACACUAUGCAAUGAAAGUUCUUUCCAAAAAGAAGUUACUGAAGCAAUAUGGCUUUCCACGUCGCCCUCCCCCAAGGGGGUCUCAUGCUACCCAGGGAGGUCCAGCCAAGCAGCUGCUGCCCUUGGAGCGGGUAUACCAGGAAAUUGCCAUCCUAAAGAAGCUGGACCAUAUUAAUGUGGUCAAACUGAUUGAGGUCCUGGACGACCCAGCGGAGGACAAUCUCUAUUUGGUGUUUGACCUCCUGAGAAAGGGGCCGGUCAUGGAAGUGCCCUGCGACAAGCCCUUCCCAGAAGAACAAGCUCGGCUCUACCUGCGGGACAUCAUCCUGGGCCUAGAGUAUUUGCACUUCCAGAAGAUCGUCCACAGGGACAUCAAGCCUUCCAACCUGCUGCUGGGGGAUGAUGGGCAUGUGAAGAUCGCCGACUUCGGUGUCAGCAACCAGUUUGAGGGGAACGAUGCCCAGCUGUCCAGCACGGCCGGAACCCCAGCAUUCAUGGCCCCUGAAGCUAUUUCUGAUUCUGGCCAGAGCUUCAGUGGGAAGGCCUUGGAUGUAUGGGCCACUGGGGUUACACUGUACUGCUUUGUCUAUGGGAAGUGCCCGUUCAUUGAUGAUUACAUCCUGGCCCUGCACAGGAAGAUCAAGAAUGAGCCAGUGGUCUUUCCUGAGGAGCCCAAGGUCAGCGAGGAGCUCAAGGAUCUAAUCCUGAAGAUGCUAGACAAGAAUCCUGAAACGAGAAUUGGGGUGCCAGACAUCAAGUUGCACCCCUGGGUGACCAAGCAUGGGGAGGAACCCCUCCCCUCGGAGGAGGAGCACUGCAGUGUGGUGGAAGUGACUGAGGAAGAGGUGAAGAACUCCGUGAGGCUCAUUCCCAGCUGGACCACGGUGAUCCUGGUGAAGUCCAUGCUGCGAAAGCGUUCCUUUGGAAACCCGUUUGAGCCCCAAGCACGGAGGGAAGAGCGAUCCAUGUCUGCUCCAGGAAACUUGAUCGUGAAAGAAGGGUAUGGUGAAGGGGGCAAGAGCCCAGAGCUCCCUGGUGUCCAAGAAGACGAGGCUGCAUCCUGAGCCCCUGCAUGCGCCCAGGGCCGCCCGGCAGCACACUCAUCCCGCGCCUCCAGAGGCCCACUGCCCUCAUGCGACAGCUGCCCCUGCGGGCAGGGGGCUAGAAACCACGGCCCCUCUCCUGGCCACCUCCCCCUGUCGUGCUGCAUGACCUCCACGCACGCACGUCCAGGGACAGGAUUGGAAUGUAUGUCAUUUGGGGAUCGGGGGGCAGGGCUCCCACAAGGCCUUCCUUCUCUUCCUGGCUCUCUGUGGCCUGACCCAUUCUGUGGGGAAACCAGGUGCCUAUGGAGCCCCAGAAACCCUACCCAGCUGGUCGGCAAGGCUCAGACAGGAGGCAGAAGAUCAAGACGCUUACUGCAACCGAAGAGACCUCCAGGGGUGCUGGGCAGGCCUGGCUUAGCCAUCACACACACAUGGAGGGGGUUACCCUGCCCACUCUGGGGUGGGAGGUGGUGCCAGAGUGCUUGUCUACUGAUAAUGCUGGUAUGGAGGCUGUGGCCCCUUGAUGUAUUCCUGGGCUAUACUGGGAGGGUCAGUAUUGGAGAAUUCAGAUAUCUUUUUUGUUAUAUUUUACUUUUAUUUUUAACUUGGGGGUGAGGG